UUUGAACGACAUGAUAAGUUUAUUUCAGUCGUGAGUUUCACACGUGGUCUUGUUGUCUGAAAGGUUGGCGAUCAGGGGUUAAGGCACGCUAUAAGAUGGCUGUAAGCCUUUCGUCUCAUUUAAUGGGUUUCAGUGACGAUACCGUUGCGUGUUCCGUUGCCCAAAUGGAUGAGAUUGAAGAUCUGAGUACGUGCUCAGUCUGUUUUUCAGAGUAUAAUAGUGAUAAGCGAAUCGCCAAGUUUCUCCCUUGUUUCCAUACAUUUUGCCUGGAGUGCCUUAGGUCACUGUCUUCAUCCACUGUUAUAAUAACAUGUCCUCUAUGUCGGAACACAUUUACAUGCAACAAUGGUGUGGAUAACCUUCCGUCCAACAUGUAUGCCCUUCAUAUUGCCAAAAUGUCCAACAAAGCUGAGAGAGCUAAACAGUUGCAAAGAUUGUUGGAAUGCUGGUGCCUGUCCUGCGAGUCAGUUGCCAAAUUGUCUUGCUAUUUCAGCAACCCAAAACAUUCUCUUGUAUCCAUAAGAGGUAGCACUAUGAAAGAAGAUGAAGAUCUUCAAAAACUGAUCAAAGACAUCCCUUUAAAAAAAUCAUUGGCUAUUAAAAAGCAUAAACAAGUGCAAGCCCAUCUGAACUCCUUAAUGGAAUUGUUGAAACAAGUUGAAGUUGGCCUUAAAGACCAGCUAAUGAAAAAUGAUCUUCAUCUAGCGGGAAUAAUGUCUUUGGAUGAAAAACUUGCUUUUGCUCAAGAGAAUAAAGAUAUGACUGUUGCAGCUGUUAGGGAAACUGUCAAUUUCCAGUGCGACGAAUCAUUGGCAGAAGUGGCAAAUAUCGCCGAAUAUUACGAAUUACAGAAAAGGAUUAGAAUCAUUUUGAAUCUUCGAAAUUCAGAAAAUCAAGUCAUCCCAACAUUUUCUUUAUUCGAAGAUGGUUUUUACAGCAACUGGUCAACAGCGGAAAACUUGUCUACCACAGAUCGAAAUCUUAUGCUUGUAUCGCAUCUGGUCUUCACAAUCUUGAAGCGAUGGAAGAUUGCUUUGAAAGUAAAAUUACCUCCGGGUUCAAUGUUUACAGCAGUCAGCUUAUCUUCUAUCGAAAAUCGACAUUCUCCACCACAGCUACCAACUGUCACCCUGGUGACGGGACACUGGAUGACCUAGAGAGUGCGGUGCAGUACCACCGCACCCUCCACCGCACCCUCCACCGCACCCUCUACGUCUUGCAAAGUCCCGUCAACUACGAUAUCACCUAGUGUUGUCGAACAAUCACUCAAUAAA